UUUCCCCAAGGUGUGAUCCUUGCCGCCUCAGCUGCAUCAGACCAAAAGCUGGGGGGAGAAGGGAGGACAAAAAUCCUUCCCAGAAGACAGACAGACAGGGAACUUGAGGUGGCUCUGCAUCAGCCCCAGGUUCCACUUUCUGUAUCUGAGAAAGCAACAGGAUUUUUCAGUGUUCAUUUUCUGAAGAGCAGAAAAUCUUUCCUGCUCAACGCUGCUGCCCUUGUUCUUCCUGCCGUGGCAAGAAACCAAAGCAAGAAGAGUUCCCUAUGGUGGAACCUCAUAUUUCUCUGUUCCCAAAAUAUCUGCAGGGAUGCUACAGAAGAGGUCAAAUGAUUUGCUGUCAGUAAACCAAGGUAGCCAACUGAAUAUGUGUGGAUGCAUUUGCAGGCCAAGUGCCAGGUUACAUCGGUAGUACCCAGUGGCCUAGUUUACAGAACUCCCAGUCAUCUUCUCCCAGGAGCAGAGCAGACACCUGGGUUACAAGAAGCAACUUCCAGCAAACGUUUUCCAAGGCAUAGAAGUUUAAUUCGGAACUGAGCACAUAUGCCCACCCUGCUAUGGGUGUGAUUCUAGAGACCAUCAGGCAGAGCCCUGAUACAGGCCUUAGCCAAAGGGAAUCUCUCCUACUGCCUUUUAAUUUUUGCUCAUCCAGGAGCUAGGAGAAUGGGAAGUCCACAGCAGGAGGUUUUGUUUGGAAAUGUUUACCUGGGAGAUUUCCCAUCACUAAUGCUCGAAGACAAAGGACACUGUCUUGGAACAGCCUUCUUCUUUCUCCUUGCACAGACCAGGAGCUCUUCUUGUCCAGAGGCACUCCUGAGGAGGCACACAAGUAUAAGAAAUGGUGGGAGAGUGGGAGUGAAAUAGCAGGGAAUCAACUCUUUCCAACAAGUAUAGGCUGACCAUUCCCAUGUCCCCUAAGUGACAGCUGCCUGCACAGCACAAAUUCAUCCAGUGCCUCAAACUGGGCAGAUGAGAAAUGUGACAGCAUGAUACAUCAGAGCUGAGUAAUUUAUUGUCAUGUAAACUGUUAGGUCACAAUUGCUCUCCUUGCAGCAUCUGUGCAGAUGUUUUGGGAGAACAGACACAUCAGUCUCCUUCACAGGGAGCAGUUUACUCCUCCUACUGCAUUAGCUUUGUCAGGAGGCAUCUGGAUACCAAGGAGGAAAGCAAUGCACUGUGAAUUUGCUUAAGGAGUUUUUCAGUUUAAAUGCCUCCUGCUCAUAACUGCAUACACGUUAUGUAAUAAAGAUGUUGUUGAUCAGAAGUAACUGGAAUCUUACCAGCAUCAACAGCAUGGGUGUUAGUGCUCCUUCUCUCACAGAUGGCUUGUUUUUAAAUCUCAGCUUAUUUCACUACUGCAACUUUCCCCCAAGACCUGGUUUGUCAGCCCUGAGAUAUCCUUUCUCCUUCUCAUUCGUUCAUCAGCAGACCAUAGAAAGAGUACUUGAACUGCAGCUGUCCAUUAUGUUUCUCUUUAGUGGAGCAGUCUCAAAGUUUUUUCCAAAACCUGCUGUUUCUCCCUUCUACAGCAGGCUUCUGCCAACAAGCUGUGCAGAUUUGCAGAAAGGCUUCAGCAUAACUUACCUGUGGGGUCUGAUUACAGUUCAAUGGGGUUGUAAUUUUGUUAAAAUCCUACAGGCUGAGGUACAAUUCAUGAAUUUAACACAAUGCUUGGCAUGGAAGUGUGCCUUGGACUUUUAUAUUCACAAUCCUCUUCAUUUCACUUGUAGUUGCAUAGCAUAUCACAGAUGUUCCCGUAGGUUGCAUUUGUCCCUAAGCUCUUUAAUAUUGUGUAAUUUUGCUAAACUUUACAGGGAUGGGGAACCUUACUAAACAGGAACUAUACAUUUCUGCCUCCAGUUUUCCUGAAUCAAGAUAAAAGAAACAAUUAAUCACUUCCUUGGAUAACAUUUCCCACAAAUGCUGGCUCCUGUAGCAAUAAAGCCUGUGAGCCAUUUGUCAUAGUAGACCAGUUUGUCACCACCAGAGUCCCUAGAAUCCAAAACCUUAUGAUUCCUGACUUAACUUUAAGCACAAAGGUCCCUCUUGUUUAACGCUCCAUCCUAGUGAUGAAACUGGCUUGAUCCCUCUGUGAUAUGUCCACAGAGUGACUCUUUCAAUCCUGACUGCCAUGUAGGCGAUGAGUACAAUCUGGAGACAUGCAAUCCCUGUAUUGAUGCACCGGAACAUCUAAGGGCAGCAUCAUGCUGACUGUGAUGUAUGUGCAGGGAGAAAGCAAAAACGUCCCUAAAGAAAUGACAUAUUCCAUUAAAUAGCAUUUCCCUGGUUUCUGUUCUCUAAUAAGGUUACACUUAUUAUUUAAAAAGGGUUGACAUUUUCUUUAGUUCCUGGCUGGAUGUGUAUCCAUAGCAAGGCUAAGGAUAAAGCACCCAGCCAUCUUAUAUUGAACCUCUUGACAAACUUUACUCAUUUGUUUUUUUAAGCUUUGAUUCAUCCUUCCUGCUUUUUCAGUUGAUUGUAGUUUCCAUGGAGUAUGGAGAUCAUAAUUUAUCCCUAUUUCUUUAGCUAGAUUUUGAACUACUUCUGCUAUAAGGUGUGAACUCCUAUCUGAAGAUGGUCCUAUAGGUACCCCUUGGUGUUAUUACCUUAAGCAACACUUCUGCAACUUCCGUGGCCUUCUUGUGCAUCAAGGGAAAGAUUCUGGCCAGCCUGAAAAAGUUUCUGUCAUUACUAAAAAAUAUAAAUACCCGUUUUUGCUGUAGUAACUCAGCAAAGUCUAUUUGCCAAUAAUGGGAUGUUUCCGUUGCCCCCUGUGAAGGUCUUCAGAGUUAAUGAGGAUUGUUCUUUAAAAACAAUUCACAUUUCUUUACUGCACUUUCGGCUAUCUCAGUCAUUCAUGCACUUAACUCUUGUAUAUUUAGCACUUCUGUCAUUUUGCUUACCCAGUGAGUUUCCUCAUGUUUUUUAUCAGUCAAUUCACGCAUAAUUUCCUGUGUGACUAUUUACUUGGUGUGAAGGGCUCAUCCACCAUCUUUCUUGAUUUUUUUUUUUUUUUUUUUUGCCUUCAGAAGAUUAGCUAAUUGCUCCUCUUCUGAUGUAUAUGGUAAGCCUUAUGCCUCAAUGUUUGGAUUUUCUCCAGUAGGACCAACAAUAUUUGACUCUUCAAAGCUUCCUUCACAGCCCUACCCACCAUCUGUUUUCCUGUAUUUUAUUGGGUUGUUUCCAGUCUGAUGUGCACUAGUGCAUGAUUGCCACUGCUUCAAGCAGAUCGAUAGCUUGUAAGCUGUUGAUCCACAUUUGACUGAAGAUCCUUGAGAUGUUAUAAGUCCCCUUUGUCUACAGUUGUCCCCAUGAUCAUGGAAUACCCUGUAGUCAAACUCUAAAUCUGUCCAGAUAUAAACACUUUUGUCCUUUGACAAUUCUAACACUCUUAGUAAGGCUGUGAGCUUUGCUUUCUGCACUGAAAUGUUAGUCAUUUCCUUAACUGUUCCUCAGUCAUUUCCUUAACUGUUACCACUACAUUCCCCACUUUCCAGUUUCCAUCUUGCAUGAAGCUGAUAUACAUCUACAGGUCCCAUUCUGCAUUUUCCAUUGGCAUGUCUUUCAAAUCUGCUCUGCUGGAGUAUGUCUGGUGGAAAAUGGUGUCAAUGUGUCAAUGCUAAAUAUUUGUAUAUGGAGAGCAUUGAUGUCUGUGAGAAUGCAAUGUUCUUUCUUUCCCAUGGUAUGUACUUGUUUCUCAGGUGUGUUCAGUGCUGGGUUUGAUGCUGGCAUGUGCUGCAUUUGUGCUUAAUUCAGGAGGCAAAUCUGACAGAUUUUAUUGCUGGGUGUAGAGUUGUGAGUUUAUUCCACUGCAUCUGACGAAGACUCAGUCUGUAUCCAAGUUUCAAAGUCUAUCUGGGAACUAAUAAAUACAAAGCAGACCUUUUAAAGAAAACAUACAAAAAUAGUCCUUAGAGCUUAGAUAACCAUCCUACAGCCAUUGCUAUCUUCUCCUUUGUAAAGAAAUCAGGGUGCCUGGGACUCAGUGUGAUACCCACUUUCUGCUUAGGGAAAACUUUUUCAAAUACAGUGCUGCUCAGAAGGUGGUUUGGGAAAUAGUCAAGUACAGUGGAUGUCACAAAGAUGCAGCUGGUAUGUUAUUUAUACAUAUUUAUAUAACUCUGACCUGUUAUUUUUACUUCAUCUUCUUCUCUGCUCUGCUCAGCAAAUUUACUCAUAUGCAAAUAACAUUUAAGCUAGGAAAGGAAAAACACAAGUUUUUCUCUCUGUUCCUCACUCUUCUAAUGGAUGGGCUAAAAAAAUUGGAUGUUCAAAGCAAAUAGAGGAAUAUGAGCCUUCUGAAGAGCACUGCUAUCAGGAGCUAGGUUCUGAACAUGGGGAGGAAAACAUUCCCUCCAGAACAGAAGAGAACAAAGUGUCUAUGUAAGGACUAGUAAGAACCUUGUUUGCUUAGCCUGCCUAGGAGACCUUGUGCAAGGGAACAGAUUGAUUUUGUUUCCUGAGCAGCAACAGAAGAAGCUUUUGAUCAAAAAGCUUUGGAUCUACAUGUAGAAGGGAACCACAAGUCCACAGCUCUAUGAUAUCUUAUAUGCACUGGGUCUGUAUGGAGGAGGACUGUGAAUCUGUUAUGUCCUCAGAAAGCACCUUUUUUUUUUUUUUAUUUUUCCUGCACAAGAGGAAAUAGCUAAAGAUCAAAACAGAAACUUUCAAAUCCUAUUACCAUCAAAGAGAGUACUGUGUACUAGCAGAAGAACUAGUGAGGAACUUCUAUCAGUGCAUCUUUCACAGCAAUACAUUGCACUUUCUGGAAAUAACGUAGAAGUUGGAUUCGGUCACAAAGCUGGACAAUAGUACUUUCUUGGUAACAGUUUCUAAUUGCUCCUAGUUGCUACAGGAUUUGUGUCAGCUUCUAUUUUGCAGCUGGGAAUAUUUGUUAUUCAUCUAUCUGUUCUUGAUGGGUCACAAUAUCAGGUGAAGCAGAAUCCAACAUAUUCUUUUGUGAAUUAAAAUGAACAUUGUCAACAUUUGGACUGACAGCAAGUUUUGGAAAUCUGCUGACUGCAUUAAUGUUUAUUAUGGUUUAUAGUUUAAACAUUAAGUGCAAGUUAGAUGCCAGUCAAAAUACUACAGAUUUUUUACUACAGAUUCACCAUCCAUAAAAAUGGAAAGACAAAAGGCAUAUUCACAUUUUCAUUUCCUUGUUCCACAGGACAUGUAUUGUAACUGAAAUGUGUGUACUCUGCAGAGAUGCAAAGGCAAUAGGAAUAACAAAUCACGAAGUUCUCCAGAGAAAUCAAAAUGGCUGCUGUUUGAGUCCUUUGAAAAGCUUUCAUUGGCUCAUUUUGUCUGAACAAGUUAACACAACUGUACUCAAUUAAACAACACUUCCAUUACAGAAUGUGUCACUUUGACACUACGCAUAGCCUUAAUUUCCAUAUCAGACAUGCUAUGGCCAUAACAUGAGCUCAUGAGGCAACCCUCAGAAGCUGUUCCAGUUAGGAGUGAUUUCAGUAGUUGAGAAUAUAAGUACUCAGCUGGCGCCAUGCUUCUGAAGUCAGUUAAAGGGAACUGAGGGCAUUGUGCCACUAUCUCUUUUAAAAACAAGGACUAAAGAAAUUUUUUCUGCUAUAUGACCUUCUCUGUAGGUCUAUAUUGCUUGUAAUCAGUCAAGACACCAAAGUUCAAAAGGGAUGACAAAGACCAGUGCUGUCCUAGUGUGGGCUGGACAGUCCUCCAUGGAAAGUGGUUAGAAGCGUUCUUGCACCUUCUGAAUGUCUGGGCAUCAUCUGGUGGUAAGGAGCAGGAGAGGACAGAAGACAUCAUAAAUUUCAGCCUGGGCAGUCCUGCAGGCAUGCUGCUUUCAAAAUAGAAAAUUAUCUGUGCUCUCUCUCCUCCAGGGCUAUUACACAGAACAACCUCUAGCUGUUUGUGAAACUGCCUUGCCGCUUCUUUGUCUUCUCCAGGGGACUGUCUGCUGCUUGCAUACAGGAGAGAAGUUACCAGACGUUGCAGUGGUUUCCUCUGGAGAGAAAUAUUCCUUGAGAAGAAUUCUGUCAAAGUGUUCAGCUGGUGUGUUCUGCUUCUGGCGAUGCAUCCCACGAGGCGGCUAUGUUGGUGUCUCCCUGCUUUUGGUGCGUGGGCACUCAUGCUCACAUUCUUAAUUACAGACACCACAGCCUGCGAGUCAGAGGAACGGCUAUUUCACAAACUCUUCUCCCACUACAACCAGUUCAUCAGGCCGGUGGAAAAUGUAUCUGAUCCCGUCACAGUGCAUUUUGAAUUGGCCAUUACCCAGCUUACAAAUGUGGAUGAAGUCAAUCAGAUUAUGGAAACCAAUUUGUGGCUAAGACAUAUUUGGAAUGACUACAAAUUGCGAUGGGAUCCCAGAGAGUAUGAUGGAAUUGAAUUUGUUCGGGUACCAGCAGAUAAAAUCUGGAAACCAGAUAUUGUCUUAUACAAUAAUGCUGUGGGAGAUUUUCAAGUUGAAGGCAAGACCAAAGCCCUUCUUCGCUACGAUGGAAUGAUCACCUGGACCCCCCCAGCUAUAUUUAAAAGUUCCUGUCCCAUGGAUAUUACUUUUUUCCCAUUUGAUCAUCAGAACUGUUCCUUGAAAUUUGGCUCAUGGACUUACGACAAAGCCAAAAUUGAUCUUCUGAUCAUUGGCUCCAAAGUAGACAUGAAUGAGUUUUGGGAAAAUAGUGAGUGGGAAAUAGUUGAUGCUUCUGGCUACAAACAUGACAUCAAAUAUAACUGCUGUGAAGAGAUCUACACAGAUAUAACAUAUUCCUUUUAUAUUCGAAGAUUGCCAAUGUUCUACACUAUAAAUUUGAUUAUUCCCUGCCUCUUCAUCUCAUUCCUGACUGUGCUUGUUUUUUACCUGCCAUCUGACUGUGGUGAGAAGGUGACUCUUUGCAUCUCUGUUCUGCUUUCUUUGACUGUAUUUUUACUAGUGAUCACAGAAACAAUUCCAUCUACCUCGUUAGUAAUACCUCUCGUGGGUGAAUAUUUGCUCUUCACGAUGAUAUUUGUGACUCUCUCCAUCGUCAUCACUGUGUUUGUCCUAAAUAUACAUUACAGAACUCCAACUACACACACAAUGCCCAAAUGGGUAAAAACUGUCUUUCUUAGCCUGCUCCCCAAGGUUCUGUUGAUGCAGCGGCCUCUAGAACAGGAGAAAAAAAACAUCUCCAAAGAGACCAAGAAAGGAUCAGCCAAAGCAUCAGGCAAAGCAAAGCACAGGAAACACAAAGAUAACAAAUUACAUAAGGAGCACCGGUGUUGUCACUGCGAUAAAGCAGCCGAACUCAUCUCAACCAAAAGAAGUCAACUGAGUCAUCAGUCAUUGAAAUGGAUGGCAGAGCACACAGAGUACUCCCCAGAAGUGAAAGAUGUCAUCAACAACGUUCAGUUCAUUGCAGAGAACAUGAAGUCUCAAAAUGAAACCAAAGAGGUGGAAGAUGAUUGGAAAUAUGUAGCUAUGGUGAUUGACAGAGUAUUUCUCUGGGUGUUUAUAAUCCUUUGUGUGUUUGGGACUGCUGGAUUAUUUAUCCAGCCACUAAUAGCAGAUGCAUAACUUGAGUCACUCCUUUUUUUUCCACGUAUGUUUGUAUUCCAUUUUCAGUUUGGAGCUGCCCCCUGUAUUUCUCUCCUCUUACGUCAUCCCUCAGCAUCUAGCUUCAGUGGAGAGAAGGGAAGCAAGCAAUAAUCCAAGGCAGAAUGAGAAGGGUACUGAAAAUGUGAAAUGAGCUUUUGGUCUUUCUAAGGCAGAGAGGCUGCGAUUUAUAGAGUAGCUGUCUGUCUUCUCAAUUAGAUCUUCAGUAGCAAUUGCACCAAGAAUCACUGUAGUGGGCAGAAAUUGAUUUUUUCCCAUGGUUUCAGUUCAGAGGGCCAUUGUGAGUGAUUUGUGCUAAGAGAACAAAAGUCUUAUUUUUCUUUCCUCAUCACAACUCUUACAAUUCUUUCAUUGUACAAUGCUAGACAUCAGCAUGGCACUUAGUUGAGGUA